AUGUCGCGACGACGUUUGAAGAAAGCUUAUGGCCAACCUAACCCCACCCCAUCACAAUAUCUUGCCAAAGCUCUCCGCCAAACCGGUCACACCCUGGGAACUCUUUACCUUGGCUCUCAGGAUGUUGAUGCCAAUCAACGCCUGCACGCCCUGCAGCCAACAUAUGGCCGUCCAGCGCGAGUCUCCCUCCAAACUACACUUGGAGAAUAUAUACGAAUGGUUGACCCGUUGAUAUAUUCUUCUACGGAAAACCCUUCGGCAGACCGCUUAGACUCUGCAUUGAGCGAAGUCUUCAGAGACAGUAGCUAUCGCUAUUUGACUACCCGUGGCUACGACGUUGGCGAUGUGGUGGCCUGGGCGUGGAUCCUGAAGAGCAAGGAUGCUGAUCAGGCUAUCGCGCGGUUAUUUGCACACGCAGUCCAACAUCAGCCCAAGUACGGCGCUAGCUCCCCCGCCGCUCCUUCAUUUAUCAUUCUCUUCCUUUUGAAACAAAAGCAUCUGGAUGCUCGUUCCGUUCGACUACUUUUGAUUUAUUCAUUGCAUCUGAUCAGUGGCCAACACCUGCCAUCUGGACAGAAGACAAAACAGUCUCUAGAAGAGAAUUUGCAACUUCCACCGGGGCAAUUUCAGCCCCGGGUUGACCGCUCUACUGGCAUGCGUCUGUUCGCCCGCUUGAUUCGGCAUGCUCGCACUGUGUGGCCCCAGGCAAUGCCCACCAUUGCAAUUGCCUUUUCGCGGUUUGUGAUGGCCACGGAUCCAGGCGAGAAAAAGAAAUCCAUUCUCAAAAAGUGUAAUUCCGACCGACUUAAGACCAAGGAAUUCAAUUUUUUCCUUCGCUUACUUUCGGUUCCAUCCAAACUUCACCCAUUUCAAUCUACCUAUCUUCAACAGCAAGCCCAAUUUGAGCUUCUCCGAGCCAUGGCCAGCCACAAGCCGGUGCUCCCCCUUACGCGGAAAGGCUAUCGAGCCGUUGCUGCAAUCCAGUUGGCACACAAGAAGACAUCAGAAGAGCGGCAGUCGGCUGAGCUCAAAGCUCCUUCGUGGCCACCGUGGAAAGAAGCCAAACUAGGGAUAGAUGCCUUGCGGGGUAACGAAGGCAUGUACAGCCGUGCGAUGAAUGUUUUAUCGCAAAUGCGUGAGGCGGGCUAUUCUAGCAAGCUCUGGGAAGAUGUAUGUUCAAUUCUGGCAGGCUGGGACACUGAUCGAAGCCCUACAAUUCAGACCAGAAGCUUUCUGCGCUGGUCGAGGUCUUUGUCCCGUGCAUCUCAUACCAAUCCUGAUCAUGCGGCCAUUUGGGCCGCUCGAAUCCGUGCCACUAGAACUGUUCGUGAAGCAUGGGCUUGCUUUUUGUCUUAUCAGGAUCGCGGUCUUCCUCUCAGCGUGGCCAUAUACACCGAGAUGGCCGAGAAGCUGAUCUAUCGCCAACUGGCUCUCAAGAACCGAUUUGACGAGUCAGACCACGUUUUACCGGGCGAUGGCCGUGAGGUCUAUGCUGAGCCUGCUUCCGCACGUGAUGUCAUAUAUGUUCACACAGAGCCCCCUGUGCUCCAAGAUUUCCUGGAACAAAUGACUUCCCAGGGACUUCGCUUCUCCCACCGACUACUCUCCCUGCUGCUUCAGACCAAACCGGACUUUCGGACUGGCCUGCGGUAUCUGAUUGCCAGUGACCUCACAGAGGAUCAGAUUAAGGUGCUGUGCACUGUACUAAGCCACUCAUCCGAUUACGAAGCGAAUCACAACGAUGCGCUCCAGACCGUGCCGAACCGCGUAUUUGCCUCCUUUAUCAAAUUUCUCUGCGUGUCUUCGAGCUCUGCUUUGCACGCUGGACCCAAAUCUCUUACGAUUGACCAAUUCCCCUUCCUUGCAACGGAAAGUUGGUCGCGAUGUUCUGUGACCGUGCUUCCCGAUUUUGAAGAUCAUCCACGACAAGGAUGCCACCCAAGGGCAUUAUGGCAUGCAAUUCAAUUGACCAAAGCGCUGCAAGCUCCCUCCCCAGUGGCUUGGACGCAUAUACUAAACGCUUUGGGGCAUACAAGUUCCAAGUAUUUGAAGGAGAACAAAGCCUGGAGGCGUAUUCUCGCGUGGCACGAAUUCCUUCUAGCUCUGAAAUGGAUGAAAGAGCAUGAUAUUGAACCCACUCUGGAGGGAUUUCAUGCUAUGUGCAAGGUCUUCAAUGAAGCUGUCAAUGCAGGGCUCAAGCACCCAGAAGAGGCCGAAGAGGCGUUCAAACUUGUCCAAAAAGCUAUCCAUGGCGCCGAGGACUGCGAGGUCCUUGGACAUGAGCACUUUGACGCAAUGGUUGAGAAUGGACUGCUUGUGCUGAAAUCACAGUUCGAUUCCCUUGUCCUCCCAGUCUCUUCGGCAUCGCAACUAGCGGAGCAGAGCAUAUUCACAGAGAAUAGUGCAGUCGAAUCGCAGCUUCAAGUGCCCACGAUUCUCCACGUGCCAUCAUUUGCGAUACUGCAUCGUUUCGUCCGGGUCUUGGGGGCCGUGGGCGAUGACGACGGAGUGCUGCACCUGUUGCAGUGGAUGAGUCGAUCGGUUGCUUCGUUGAAUGCAGCCGCAGAGGAGCGACUGAACGGCGAUAAAAUGCGACGGCAGACUCUGGCGGCGAUCCGAGUGAUCUUAGAGAGGACACAUACCGGGCCGACCGACUUCGAUCAGAUAGCGUCGGAUCCUGCUAAAGUGCAGGAGGCGUACGAUAUCAUCAGUCAGACCCCAGGCUGGCACUGGCCUAGUGACGAAGAGGUAGAGGAUUACUGUCAGUGA